GAGCGAGAGAGAGAGAGGUGAGAGCCCAAGACGAGUUGGAAGGGAAUCUGAAAGUCGUGGGUUUCAUGUGUAAGGCGUUUUGUCAGAGUGUCUCACGAUUACCCCCUCCCCAACUACCCUAAAACAACCAGACCACAACUCCACAAAUUCUCAAACCAGUCCCCCCCCCCACCCUACACCGAAACUGCGUGAGCGUCCCUGGAUGGUUACCAAUUAAGCGGUGGUCAAUUCGAGCGUCGUGAGCGGGAAGUGAAGGCAAGCUCCCCUACCUCACUACUCCUACACCCGAGCCGUCUGCUGCCCUGGCUCAGCUGUUGGCAGCUCCUGGCGUCGUCGGACAUGACGCCCACCCUCACCGCAGCUCUCCUGCUGUGGGCAGGCAUGUGUAGCCUGGCGCGGGGGCAGCAACCAGACCUGCCCACGAGCUGCACGGAGGGCAGCUGCCACCCGGCGACGGGAGACCUUCUCCUGGGCCGCGAGGACCGCCUCUCCGCCACGUCCACGUGCGGCAUGACUGCGCCACAGCAGUACUGCAUCAUCAGCCACCUCAUGGAGGACGACAAGUGCUUCGUGUGCGACUCGCGGCAGCGCCAGGGCCCCAACAGCCACCGCGUCCAAAACGUCGUCAUGAACUUCGACCCCGCGCGCAAGAGCGCGUGGUGGCAGUCGGAGAACGGCCUGGAGAGGGUGAGCUUGCGGUUGGACCUCGAGGCGGAGUUCCACUUCACGCACCUCAUUUUCACGUUCAAGACAUUCCGCCCAGCGGCCAUGCUGGUGGAGCGUUCGUCCAACUUCGGGCGAACGUGGCGGCCGUACCGCUACUUCGCGCAGGACUGCCGCUCUGCCUUCCCCGGCGUGCGAGAGGGGCCCUUGCAGCGUGCCGGCGACGUCGUGUGCGACUCCCGCUACUCCGACAUCGAGCCCAGCACGGGCGGGGAGGUCAUCUUCAAGGUGCUUGAUCCGUCCAUCCCUGUUCCUGACCCCUACAGCCCUGAGAUCCAAGACCUGCUGCGCGUGACGAACCUGCGCGUGAACUUCACGGCGCUGCACACCCUCGGGGAUGAGCGCCUGGACUUCAGCCCCGACGCGCGCCGCAAGUACUACUACAGCGUGUACGACAUGGUGGUGCGGGGCAGCUGCUCCUGCAACGGCCACGCCGAGUCGUGCGUCCCCACCGGGAGGGGCGACGCCGGCGCUUCCACCGAGGGCAUGGUGCACGGGCGCUGUCUGUGCAAGCACAACACGGUGGGACUCAACUGCGACGAGUGCGACGACUUCUACCAGGACCAUCCCUGGAGGCCGGCGCAGGGGCGACGCACGCACGCGUGUAAACGCUGCGAGUGUAACGGCCACGCCACGCGCUGCCACUUCGACCUCGCCGCCUACGUCGCCAGCGGCAACGUGAGCGGCGGGGUGUGCGACGGUUGCCGCGACAACACGGCGGGGCGGCAGUGCGAGACGUGCGCGCCCUUCCACUACCGCCACGCGCGGAGGGACGCACGCGCCCCCGACUCCUGCGUCCCGUGCGACUGUGACCCGGCCGGCUCGCAGGAGGGCGGUGCUUGCGACGCAACCUCCGACCCCCGUACGGGCACCGUGGCGGGGCAGUGCCGCUGCAAGCCGGGCGUUGGAGGGGUGCGAUGCGACGAGUGUUUGCCCGGGUUUGCCGGCACGCCCUCCCGCGACAACCCCAACGGCUGCCAGCCGUGCAGGUGCAACGUGAUGGGGACCGUCAUGAACAUGGGCAAGUGCGAUCCCGUCACGGGCGCCUGCAUCUGCAAGGACUACGUGGGCGGCAGGAACUGCGAGCGGUGCCUGGCCGGCUACUGGGGGCUCAGCGAGUCGGCCGGCGGCUGCCAGCCGUGCGACUGCGACUUCGGGGGCUCCGUGGACGAGACGUGCUCCGCGGAGGACGGGCAGUGCCAGUGCCGCCCCCACAUGCUGGGGCGCCGCUGCGAGGAGGUGCAGCCUGGGUACUACUGCAUGCCCCUUGACCUGUACGCCUACGAGGCCGAGGACGCCACGUUCCUGCCCGUGCAGCCGCUACAUGGAGGCUCUGUCGGGAACACGUCGGACUGUGACGAGUUCAUGCAGGUCCCGGGCCACAACAGUCCGGGCGGUCCCGGCUCCAGCGCCAAACUCCCGGUGGUGGUGGUGGCCGGGAGUGCCGCGCCCGGCACGCUCGUCACGUGGACGGGGUCCGGCUACGCACGCAUUCGCGACGGCGCCGGCCUUGAGUUCACCGUCAGCAACAUUCCCUACUCGGGCGAAUACACGGUGGCCAUCCGCUACAAGCCGGAGCUGAACGAACCGUGGGAGGCGCAGGUCCAGGUGCUGUCCCAAUCGUUGCCCACGCAGAGCCGCUGUGCCAACAUGCUCCCGUCCGACGAGAUGCAGAUCGUGCCUCUCAACCCCACGCAGAGCGUGGCGUCGAUGCCCGUGGCCGUGUGUCUGGAGACGGGCGUGCGGUACGUGGUGCGGGUGGUGGUGCAGCGGGCACGGUCCACGCGCAGGCACCCCAACGCGCACAUGCUCGUCGACUCGCUGGUGCUGUUCCCGUACGUCCCAUCGCUGCCUGGGUUCUCGGGCAGCGCCGGUCAGAAGCGGCGCGAGGAGCUGGAGCGCUACAUGUGCCUGGACGCGUACCGCGACGCCACGCGGCCCAUGCUGGCCGAAGCCUGCCGCCCCCUCGUGUGCGCCAUCUCCAGCAUCCUGCACAACGGGCCCCUGCCGUGCGAGUGUAACCCCCAGGGCGUGACGAGCUCCGUGUGCGAGGUGCUCGGCGGCCACUGCCUGUGCCGCCCCAACGUCAUCGGCCGGCGCUGCGACGCCUGCAGCCCGGGGACCUUCGGCUUCGGGCCGGAGGGCUGCCAACGCUGCGCGUGCGACCCCGCCGGCACCACGGGGGGCUCGUGCGACGCGGCGAGCGGCCAGUGCCUGUGCCUGCCGGGCGUGGCGGGGCGCGAGUGCGCGCGCUGCGACUCGGGCCGCUUCGGCUUCCCGCGCUGCACCCCCUGCCAGUGCAACGGCCGAGCCAGGGACUGCGACCCCGAGAGCGGUCGCUGCCACGAGUGCCUGGAGCAUUCCACCGGAGAGAACUGUGACAGGUGCGAGCCCGGUUACUACGGCGACCCGCGCCUGGGCUCCGGCGGGCGGUGCCGGCCGUGCCCGUGCCCCGGCGAGCCGGGCAGUGGCCGCUUCUUCGCGACGACGUGCAGCACAGACCCCACGACGCGCGGCGCGGUGUGCCAGUGCCUCCCGGGGUACACGGGUGAGCACGGUGCCGGACUGCGGUGCGAGGCCUGUGCCCCGGGCUUCAGCGGCGACCCGUCCGUGGCCGGGCGGCCGUGCUCAUCGUGCGACUGCAGCGGCAACGUGGACCCGCGCGACCCCAAGGCGUGCGACCCCGUGAGCGGCCGCUGCCAGCGCUGCCUGCACAACACGCACGGCGAGCGCUGCGAGAAGUGCCGCACCGGCUUCUACGGCGACGCCUUGCGACAGGACUGCAAGCCCUGCAGCUGUAUUGAGGCCGGCACGGAGCCCGCCAGCUGCCCUGGCGGUGCGCAGCCGUGCCGCUGCGAUGCUCGCACCGGGCAGUGCCGGUGCCGGGCUGGCGUCGAGGGCAGCUCGUGCGACCGCUGCGCGCCGGGACACUGGGGCCUGGGGAGCAGCGGCGGCUGCCAACCGUGCGCCUGCAACCCGGCGAGGGCUCGCGGCCAGACCUGCAACCAGGUGACCGGGCAGUGUGAGUGUCGCCCAGGGUUUGGAGGUCGCACGUGCGACGAUUGUGGCCCCAACCACUGGGGGUCUCCCGACAAGGGAUGCAAGCCGUGCGACUGCCACCCCCAGGGCGGCACGUGCGACGCCGCGAGCGGCGCUUGCGUGUGCCGCGACGGCGUGACGGGCGCGCGCUGCGACGCGUGCUCCCGCGGCGCGGCCGGCGACUUCCCGGCCUGCAAGCCGUGCCACGCGUGCUUCUCGUGGUGGGCGCGCAAGAUCGAGGCCCUCUGCGCCCGCGCCACCGCCCUGCGGGACCGCGCCGAGAAGCUCGCCGACACGGGGAUCUCCGGCGCCUACGACGGCCGAUUUGAGGAGCUGGAGAAGAAGCUGAAGGAGGCGCAGGACAUCAUCGCCAAGGGCAACGAGCGGCCCAGCGACGUGGCGCGCCUCGAGAUGUUGCGCGACAACAUCAGGCGGCAGCUGGAUCGUCUGACGCAGCUCGUCUCGGUGGCCGAGGCGUCCGUGAAGUCUCUGCAGGGUCAGCGCGACCGCACCGACCUCGACCUGGACGCUCUGGAGCGCGACGCCCUGCGGCUCAACGCGUCGGCUGCCCUGGCCUACUCCAGGCUGCAGGGCAUCCUCAACUCUGACUUCAGCGGCGACUUCGACAGCAUCCGGCGCUCGUGGCAAGACUCGCGCAAUGCCCAGAAGCAGGCGGAGACGGCGGCCGGGGGACCGUCGGGGCCCGUGCGUGCCUCCCAGAAGGCCCGGCGGCGCGCGGAGGACCUGAUGCGGCACGGCGGCGGCGCCCCCGGCGACCCGUCGCUGGCCGAGCGUCUCGCCAACAGCAAGAGGAGCCUGGACGAGCUGGACCGCGAGGUGGCGGCGCUGAGCGUCAAGCGCAUCAACGAGAAGACGUGCGGCGCCCCCGGCGACCUGCCAUGCUCCGAGUCGCGCUGCGGGGGCGGCGGCUGCCGGGACAGCGCGGGCCGGCCAGCGUGCGGGGGCCCCGGCUGCGGCGGGUCCCUGACGCUGGCGCAGGACUCGCUGGCGCGUGCCCACAACGCCGAGCUCGAGGUCAAGAGGGCGUCGGCAGAGCUCGACAAGAUGGCCACUAAGGUGGCUGACGUGAAGCGCGAGGCGAGCGACAUGCGCGACAAGGCGCAGCGCUCGCUCGACCGGGCACAGCAGAGCAAAGCCGGGAUGGAGCAUGCCGUGGCCGAGCUGCGGGACCUCAUCGCCCGGAUCAAGGAGUUCCUCAACGAGGAGGGCGCGGACCCGGAGAGCAUCAUGCUGGUGGCGAACAACGUCCUGAAGCUGGGGCUGCCCGUGACGCCCGGGGAGGCCGAGGCGCUGGCUCAGCAGAUUCGCGACAGCGUGGCACGCCUCUCCGACGUCGACGCCAUCCUGGCGCAGACGGCCAAGAACAUGACACUCGCCCAGCGCCUGCUCGCCGAAGCCAAAAAAGCCAAGGCGGAUGCUGAGGCGGUGAAGCAGAAGACCGAGGAAGUCGUGCAAGCACUGCAGGAGGCCAACGACGCUCAGAGCGCGGCUCAGGCGGCCAUCAACAACGCCCAACGCGACAUUGACUCGGCAAAGGACCGCAUCGAUGAGGCAGGGAAGAAGGCUGGGGACGCGGGAGCGAUAUUGAUGGAUGCCAUGGAUCGUCUCACCAAGAUGGCCGCCGACGUCCAAGCGCUCAAGGAGAAGGCCGCAGCCAAUCAGCUGGCGGCCAAGGAUGCCGCGACGCAGGCCGCCCAGGCGCGCGUCAACGCCGACGUCGCCGCAGAUGAGCUGCAAGAAGUGAAGGAUAAAUUUAAAGAAAUGCAAGGGCUGAUGAAUUCGCGGUCCAAUGGCAGCGACAAGGCCAGGGAGCGCGCCGAGAAGCUGCACGACCAGGCAUCUCAGCUGCUCCAGGACGUGCAGGACAAGAUGAAGCGGCUUAAUGACUUGGAGAAGCUGCUGGAAUCGCAGGCUGACAAACUGGUGGAUGCCACCGGCAAGCUGGAUGGCCUAGAGGAAAGGGCCUCCAAACUGCAGAAGGAAAUCAGCAAAAGGGUGCAGCACUACUUUUCGUGCCAGAACUGAGUGCGCAAGUCCAAUGACAACGACAUCACCACUCCUGGUUCUCUCAAAGUAAGGGAGACAGGAGAGAGGAGAACCACCCCACCCCUCCUUCAGCUGUGCGUGUCACACCAUGAGGCCCGUGGGCUUGCAAAAUUAGAUUCAGCACUUAGGUCGGAGUUUGGACUCUUCCAUCCUUUCAACACCCAAAGAGAGUGGUGUAGUGUGGUUGGCAUAGGCCCUGAUUCAAGGAAUGAAAUGGACUCACUCCCGUCUGUAAAAAAUGUUACCCCCCUCUGUUCAUAACCCGGCAACUGGGCCUCUCUGGCUCGUGAAUCCUGGUGCUCUUGGACCACCUGCACACUCGAUAACUAGAACCGCUAGUCUCUGGGUCUCCACGUAAUAUUUGGGUCUCUGUGUAAUCUGUGGAUUUAUCUGUGAGUCCGGUGAUGGCCGAGCUGAGAACAUUAACUCGCAAUACCUGAGAAUAUGGUUUAAUCACAACUUCAAGCUAUGCGUGUCUGUGGAUGUCCGUGCGAGUCUUUAUGGCAGUGCAAGGAAUUAAAAGGUGGGCGCUGCCACCCCUGGCAAAUUGCCAACUGUCUCUUCACCUGGGCUCCAUUUGGUCCGUUGGCCCGACGCAGCUGCACCCCCUGCGCACUCUGUAGCUAAGCCAUAGACCCACGAUGUGUAUAGCUCUGCUGCUGUUUGUUUAGUUUUGCCUUAUCGCUGUGAUACGCUCUUUGUUACAGUUACCAGGUUUCCAAUUCCAUUUUUUCUUCUUCGAAUAAGUGUCAAUUGUUAUUCUCAGAAAGGUUGUUUGGAAAAUCGAUACAGUGAAUACAAAUGUACACGUCCUUCCCAAACAUGUAUCCUACUCACAGACGGGGGGAAUUAUGUUUACGUAACUGAUCUUUUUUUUCACAAACGCAUUUAGGAUGCAUUCAAUGAGUGUUGUGGUGCACUCCAGGUGAUUUGGCCCACGGAAUUCAUAAUAUAAUGGUGAUACACACCGAGUAACCAAUAUAAUAAGAAAAUAAUUCACAUUUUAAGCCACUUCAUCAUAAAUGCAUUUAUUCAAAUUCGCUUUAUUUCCAUAUAUAUUUGUGUUAAUAUGUUUCAAACAACAUGUAAAAACGUGUCAAAAAUUACUUGGCCCUAAAACAAGAGGACCACAAUGCAGUCAUUCAGGAACUGAUGACGGAUUCUGCAUGAUGCACAAAAGCGGAGUUCUUCUUCUAAUCGUUUCUGUGCGUUGUUUGAAACUCAUGGUUUUCCAUCAUAUACUAUAUUUCUGUUAUGAUGGGUUUUUCAUCAUUUACAGAUUUGGUUAAUCUCUACGCUCAUCUUCAGUGGGAUAUUUUUUUGAGGAGGACAAUAAUAAUAAUACCCAAGAAGUAUUCAUUGAGUAUCAAGACUCUUUUCCGUAAGAGUCCUGCAUGGGGAUGUAUGACCGAUACAAUUGUUAAUGUUUGGCCAUUAUCAUGAUUACAAAUAAGUAUCUGACAUGUGUGAGAAAACGUAUCAAUUUUCCUGACUAUUUUAUACUGAAAUAAAGAGCACUUAUCUCAACAAGAAAUUCAAAUUAAAACCCAGUGAUAGCCAUGCUGUCGUCCGCUUUUGGAUAUCUUGCCACUUAUUCAAUAGUGUUUGUUAACCUGACAUUUGGAAGUACCUACAGUUCACUCUCAAUUAUCCGUGGGCAGAUUAUCCAGGUUGAGGUUUGAAGCUUGCUAUUUUCAAUUACACUCUGGUUUAAGUAUUAACUGCCCCCUCAUUCAUCCCAGGGUCAGUGACUAAGUGCUCAAAUGUGACCGCAAAAAUGUUGCCAAGUAAACUGCUGACUUUAAGAUGCAAUAAAAAGAGGACACGAAGCACUCCUUCACCCCUAUCUUGCAUAUGGCCCAGCCAUAGCGCGGUUGCCGUUUGUUACAGAGGUUCAAGGUUCGAAUCCAGCGGCCGCCCUGAUUAUUACCUGCGGUGGGUAAUGACGAUAAUAAUACUACGCGCCGUCUGCUUCGCUCGCAGUGCAUGUUAAAGAUCACCCAACGUCAUUAGCAAGAGUAGGCCAUUGUGUAGACUGUUGUGUGCUGUCAGGCAUGGCAUUUGAAACAAAUGAGAAGUUUAUUAAAUCCACCUCUUCCCACCUCGGUUCACCAAACAGUAUAAAUUGGUUCACGACAGCUAAUUCUAGAUUUGAAGCUUUCGUGACUGCAAGGAUUCAUAUUCUUAGGUUUUUUCGGUAAAGUCACGUCGGUAGAACACGACAGUUAGUUUAGCGGCAGGUCACAUGUGGUGGGGUAAAGUGUGUGUGGGUACGUCCGCCUUUUCCAAAACAUCUGGAGAGCAUGGAACAGUAGGCCAAAUACCCCCGAGAGGGGCACUCUGGAGCUCUCUCUCCUAUUACCCUGGAUAAUCGAGAGUUAACACUACAGAACGUCAGAAUUAAGAUGAAAGCUUUCCGCCAGACCCACUUUCCCAGGAACUUUGUGAGCGGUGGUGCUGAAUCUGUAAUAGCGCUUACGUUCUUACCUUGGUGCUCCCAUAAACACGGGCCUCCCAAUAAACAUGCAUCUUCGAGCCAACGUUUGCAUGUUUACUGGGCUGUAUGCUUAAGUAAAGAAAUGCAUAGGAAGUUAGUACACUUUCCUAACAUUGCCACUUCAUUAGAGUUAAAUAUGCAAGAAGGGCUAUUUUAGAGGAGAUUUCCAUCUUAUGAGUGCGUUUUGUACCGGUAAGGCAGUUUGUCAUUCCCAAAAUGGAUCAGGCCUUGUUGUUAAGGCUGGAGAUGUGCACUAAUCUUUGCGAUUGUGUAAAAUUCACUACGUGUCAGGAAAUCGACGUCAGAAUCCACUAGGUCCCACUUUGAAUUGUGGAAUGUCAGGCCAAGACACGGCUGCCCAGAUGUUGCCCAAUGUCAGGCCCUGUAAUAUCACUGUUUUGUAAACAGUAAUACAGUUAUAGAUGACCUAUAAAACCAUGUAUCCAAUUUAUUAUGAUUGAAAACAAGUAUUGGGAGACUAAUUGGUCUAAAACUGAAUUAUUACUUUUUAAAAUUAUUUAGCCGAGUCUUAACACCCUUUUUCACGAGGGUCCUGCUACAUUGGAGUGGUUAACCCAUUCUAUUAAAAAUGUUUGCCUUUGUGUGCGAGUAAACCAGCGAAAACCCAGAGAAAACCCAUGUAUACCAGAGGGUGACACUCAAUGCUGCCUUCUUUUGGCCACCUCACAGCCCCAUCUCUCCAACAGCUGGCAAGAACUGAUGUCACUCAUUCAUGCAUCCAAAAUCUGACAUGAACGGGCACAUUUAGGGUGAUUUGGUCUUAGACAACCACACUAGAGUACUUGGGCAUAAUCUGCAGCUGCUGAGAAAUGGCCAUUGUUUUUAAAUGACUGUACCCUACCGUGAUAGAAUAACUACGUCUAUGGAUCCAAAACCAUUUACAAAGUGACCCUGUACCACCAAGUUUCCGAGAUGCUACUGGACAUCUGUGAAAAGGAGCUUUAUAGCUCAUAAGAUUCCUUCAGUAUAAAUAAAUACACUGUAUUAUGAUUCUGAUUCCUCCUGAUCCACUACGUUUGUUUAAUCUUCUGCAUUCAAAUUAAGUUGUUACACACUGCAAGCACCUGCUUGUUUGUAAACAUGUCCCACAUAACGUAGAGAGUGCUGAUUAAAAUCCAGAUAAUUUCUAAUUAAUAAUUAUUGCACAUCCUUUUAUCAUUCUACGGCUGGCAUGAACGGUUCCCCAUGCCAUGUUGGUCAUGGAGGGUUUUUUGUUAUUAAAUACUAAACUCCACCAGGCCGGUCGUCGCGGGUUUGUGAAUGUGGGUGCCCAGUGCCGAUUUGGAUAACAAUGGCCCGCACUGUUAGUCAUGGCCAGAAAUCAAACUCAGGUCGUCAGGUUCACAGUGCAGUGCGUUAAAUUUUGAAAUACCCCCCCCCCCUCUCACCCAAUGAAGAUUGAUGAUCUUAAUUUUAAUCGGUGGUUUCUACUCGUUUACCAGCGAAAUGCGUUUACCAAUCAUCAGGUACGUGCAGCGUGAAACAGUUUGUGUUUAAGCAGAGCACAUUGGACUAUGGGAACAUCAUUUGCCAGUAAAAAUAUGAUAUUUUUACUGGCAAAUGAUGUUCCCAUAGUGUAGAUGCUUGCCCCGAGCUCUCAUACUCUGAUGGUGCAUUAUCUUUGAGUUGUGCGCCUUUUGGCGUCAUCUGGUCCAACCCAUGUGAGACUAGGCUCUAAGGAAAGUUGUCUCGGGUGUGGAACAAUCAACUUCAAGGACAGUGCACAUUAUCAAAGUUAUGUCUUUUGUUUGUAUUAUGACUGCAGGUAUUGCGGUCUAUGCAAACAUGACUCCUUGUAAAAAUGUGUCAGUUUUUUUGCCAGAUAGAAGGGUAAAAAAAAACAAUUAUUAGAGCACAUUGGAUUUUGAUUUGGGGGGAAAGCAGCCUUAUUAUUAGCUCGUCAGAAUGACUGCUUUUGAACGUUUCCGGUGAUUCUGGAAUGACUGAAGUGCAGUCGUUGUUUUUGUUUGACCCUUCGAUAAGUACACACAAGUACCUGCAAUGCGCAGGUGGGUGUCCAUGGUGACGGUACUAAUGUAUGUAUGUAUGCAUCAACCCUCGCACUGUGUGGCGUUAUUGGUGAUAUAUAGCACUGGGAUUACAGUCUGUUAUAAAGGCUACAGUUUAAUAAAUGUAAUAAAACUUU